UAAUACUUAGGCCUAAACAGUUAAUAUGAAAUAAUUUAUUUAAAAAUAUAUCAGCUAAUUACGUAUUCGUUUUAAUGACAUUAUGGAUGGAUUAAUUCACGCGGCAUUGGAAGCAGAGGUAAUAUUAAAUCGCGCGAAACAUGUGAAUACCAACUUAUCGCCAUUUGACAGUGGUGUCUCAGACCAUAAAAUGACUUGGACUCAUGAUAAAAUGCAUCUAGCGGAGCCUGUAGAUGAAUCAAGGACGAAGUUCCAGCGGAGUGUUGGCGGCGCGCCAUCUAAAGCUGUAGAGAAAUUCGAUUUGUUUAAGAAAUUACAUGAGUUGUAUAGUGAGUUGAGUCGGGAUGAAGUGUUGCAUGGAAACUUUCAAGGGUUGAAAACAUCGUCAUACUUAUUAGAAAAGUUGCUAGCCAAAUACAACCUUAAUACAUUAAUUAUUAACUUGUAUCCAGGAAACAAGGGUUAUUCAUUAUCACUUAAAAUUAAUGGGAAUACACAGCAACAUCCAGGAGAUCCUAAUACAUCAACAAGCCAAGACGAGACACUAAUAGAGACCCCAAGAUGGCCAUAUGAGGAGGAGGAUCUGCUUAGUUACAUAGACAAUGAAGAGUUACCCGUGGUGCUGUUGGAUUUGCUAGAGGCGGAGCAUUCCUGCCUGUUCUAUUCCGGCUGUAUUAUAGCGCAAAUAAGGGACUACAGACAGGCGUAUCCAAGCUUCUUGUGUGAUACUCAUCAUGUGCUAUUAAGACCUACCAAUCAGAGUAUAAUAACGGACGCGUCCUGCAUCGGCGGUCGAUGCGGCUGGGCGGGCGAGGAGCGCGGCGCUCUCGAGGCGGUCGAGGCCGCGCUAGUCCACGCCGCCGCGCCACCGCUCUGUCUCGACCCGCGUCCAGCUGUUGGCCUGCUGGCGGCUAGACUGCACGCUGCGCCCAGGCUGUUCAAUACGCCGAGGAUACGGCGGCAGGCGAGGCGGUUCUCACAGGUGGCAGUAAACCGGAAAAGGAAGUUGGACCAAUUCACCCAUCACCACGGCUUGGAGUUGCUUGAGCUGAUCCACAGGCAGCGAGCGAAGAAUAGCAGACAAUCGGUGCCUCACACACGGUUGACGUCCAAAUUCCCCAAGAAACCACCAGAGGUAUUCAAGCCGGUGGAGCCCCCGCGCAUGGAGCCGCCGCCGCUGGCGCCGCCCGCCUCGCCCACCGGGCCGCUGCGCCUCGCGCGCGCCUACGAGCGCCCGCGCCCCACGCCCGACUGCCAGCCGCAACUAGUCGAGGAAUACAUACUCGAGACCGAGAAGACCUCGCCACACGCUGGCGCCGGCUUCUUCCACAUCAAACUGUCGAUACUACAACGGCCGUCUGAUCAGGAGUUCUUAGGAGAACUGUAUGUGGACAGAGACCAUGUUGAGGGGGAGAGGAAUGGAGCGGCCUGCAGGUUCUCGUUAGGUUCAAGACUACAAGCCAACAAGUACAUCCAGCAGUUCACCGAAAUCUUCACCGAAGAGGGCCGCAAGUCUGUGAGGAUAAAGCACUUGGUGCCUGGUCAGCUGCCGAGGGUAUCCUUCACUGGAGGCAUGAGAGAGAUGGGCCAGCAAUUGCUGCAGCAGCGAUCAGCCGCGGCCAGUAAUGCGACGGUACACACGCACGCUACUACGGGACCUGUUGUGACGCCGGCGAUAUCGGCGACUCCUAAUACUCAUACUAAUGCACGACAGCUUCCCAUAUUGCAAGCGCAGCUGCAACAAGUCGCGACCGCGAGCAACGUGGCAGCGGUGGGCAGCGUGGGCACCGUGGGCGUGGGCACAGUGGGCGUGGGCAGCGUGGGCGUGGCGGCGGCCGUGGCCGAUCCCGCGCUGAAGCAAUUGCCGUCACCUACCACUCCGAGGCUGUCGCCGCAGGUGCAAAAUACGAGUCACGACAUUCACUCGACUCAGGCGUCGACGAACCAGCUGCUCGCCCAGCAGCUCACCAACCCGCCGCAGCCGCUCAACCCUCAGAAAAUGCAGUCCGCCAUCAUACACAUACAGCAUCCGCUCAUGUCCACCUCUGGCACCUCGCAGGUGCAAAACAUACAGUACUCAAACGCGUCGAGUGCGCAACAGAAGCCCACUAUAACCAAGCCUCGGACGACGAAUCCGGCCAUCAGCGCGCUCGUCACCAGUCUCAUGAACUCUGCACAACAGUUCCAACAAGCUGCAAGUCAAAAGUCAGCAGUCAGCACCGCCAGUACGAGCGCAAACAAAACGAUACUGAACCUGCUGAACAGCGCGCCGGCCGCCAUGACGCACGUGUCGUCCACAGCGGACAGCGAGCACAAGCUGCUGGGCCGCACCGUGUCCAUAGCCGGCGCCAGGCUCAUCACCGCCACCACGGCGAGCCACACCAUGCCCACCUACACGCAGCAGGUCCUGGGAGGCUACACCUGCGAGUCGAACGAAACGACGAACGUUUCGAGUAGCGAAAGCGCGCUGCUCGACCGCCUUAUGGCGCCCGAGCCAGCGCAACCGCAGCCGCAACCUCAGUCCGUGUGUCAUGUGCAGGGCCUAAGCCUAGCCUCGCUCCAAGGUCUCCAAGGCAUCCAAGGUCUGCAAAACGUGCAGGUCCAAAUCCCGGGUCUGUCGGCACCCAUCUCACUAUCACUGAACGUGUCGGGCGCGCCGUCCGGUCUGCUUGUAUCCGUGCCGCCUACGACGUCCGUCGUGCUUAAUCAACCCUCCGUACUGUCUCUACCACUUGAAAAAUCAGGGUAA